GAAUCAAAGAGCAUUGUGAUAUAAAUACUUCAGUUGCUGACAUGACAAUAGCUAAUUAAUUACUGUUACUGGUCAUCUCCUGUGCUGUACUGUACCAAGACUCGCUAAGCUAAGUGUGUAUCUCAAGCUAGUAGUACUGGAGCAAGCAAGAAGCUCUGGGCCAUGGCUGGUAGUAACGAUCUGACAGAGUACAAGUUGGUAGUGGUGGGUGGUGGUGGUGUUGGCAAGUCUGCCCUCACAAUACAGUUCAUUCAAAGUCAUUUUGUGGAGGAAUAUGACCCGACAAUAGAGGACUCCUAUAGGAAGCAGUGUGUCAUUGACGACGAGGUAGCUGUGUUGGAUAUCCUGGAUACUGCUGGUCAAGAGGAGUUCAGUGCCAUGAGGGAGCAGUACAUGCACACUGGAGAAGGGUUCCUAUUGGUCUACUCUAUCAUCGACAAGACUAGUUUUGAAGAGAUUCCAAAGUUUUACAAGCAAAUCUUACGAGUGAAAGACAAGACAGAUUUUCCCAUGAUUCUCGUGGCCAACAAAGCCGAUCUUGAGUCAGAAAGAGUGGUGACUCAACAAGAAGGGGAAGAGCUAGCACGAGAACUCAAGAUAAAGUACGUCGAGUCAAGUGCUAAACAUCGUGUCAACGUUGAGAAAGCUUUCCAUGAUCUCGUGAGAGUUAUUCGAAAGGCCCAGAAACCCAGCAGUGCUGACAAGAAAAAGAAGAAGGGGUUUAAGUGUACAAUUUUAUAACACUCACGCUUGCUAGUGCACUUAAUCUAUCUAGUGUGUUUUGUGUUUGUGUACUAAACUGCUUUGUAUCAAGAUUGGUUUUAAUUUGCACAAUAA